AAAGAGAAUUCUCCCGUUCUAUAAAGAACGUGAACGUUGUUGAGCUGAUCGACCACUAUCACUACUCUUUCUCUCUCAAUGGCUAAGACCAAACCUGACCUGUCCGGUUUCUCCGGUUACACCUUGCGCAAGUUAUCUCUGCUCGUUGCUUUUCUCAUUGUCCUCGUCGUAGCCGUCUCUGCCCAUGGUGUCGACUCACCAUCUUCCUACGCUAGGAGAGUACCCCAACCUUCCAAGAAGCUCAACAAACCGGUGGUUCUGUUAAUUUCCUGCGAUGGUUUCCGGUUCGGUUACCAAUUCAAGACGGAGACACCAAACAUCGACCUCCUCAUAUCAAGAGGAACCGAAGCUAAGACCGGUUUGAUUCCGGUUUUCCCAUCCAUGACGUUCCCGAACCAUUACUCAAUCGCCACCGGACUCUACCCAGCUUCCCACGGUAUAAUCAUGAACAAAUUUACAGAUCCGGUAAGCGGGGAACUAUUCAACAGGAACCUAAACCCUAAAUGGUGGUUAGGUGAGCCGUUGUGGGUUACCGCGGUGAACCAAGGGCUCAAGGCUGCGACUUACUUUUGGCCAGGCGCUGAUGUCCACAAAGGCUCUUGGAACUGCCCUAAAGGAUUUUGUAAAGCUCCUUACAACGUUUCGGUUCCUCUUGAAGAAAGAGUCGAUACGAUCUUGAACUAUUUCGAUCUUCCCGAGAGCGAAAUCCCAGAUUUCAUGGCGUUGUAUUUCGAUGAACCGGACAUACAGGGCCAUGAAUACGGCCCCGAUGAUCCUCGCGUUACCGAAGCGGUCUCAAAGGUCGAUAAGAUGCUCGGUAGGAUCAUCAAGGGAUUGAAGAAGAGGAACACUUUUAAUGAUGUUCAUGUGAUAUUGCUUGGUGAUCACGGAAUGGCUACUAACUGUGACAAGAAAGUGAUUUACAUUGAUGAUUUAGCGGAUUGGAUCAAGAUACCUGCGGACUGGAUCCAAGAUUAUAGCCCGGUGCUAGUAAUGAACCCGCGCUGGGGCAAAGAUGUCAAGAAUCCAGGCAAGAAGAACGCGGAACUAGUAGCGAAGAUGAACGAAGCUUUGAGCUCAGGGAAAGUAAACAACGGAGAGUUUUUGCAGGUUUACUUGAAGGAGAAUUUACCGGAAAGGCUGCAUUAUUCCGAUAGUUCCCGGAUUCCGCCGAUCAUAGGAAUGGUCGGAGAAGGUAUGAUGGUUAAACAGAACAGAACAUCCGUUCAAGAAUGUUCCGGAACUCAUGGAUACGACAACAUGUUCUUUUCCAUGAGAUCUAUCUUUAUUGGAUACGGUCCAAGGUUUAGGAGAGGAAAGAAAGUGCCUUCGUUUGAGAAUGUUCAGGUCUACAAUGCUGUUGCAGAGAUUCUUGGACUCCGACCAGCUCUGAACAAUGGUUCUUCUUUGUUUACUCGUAGCCUUCUAUUGCCCUUAGCGCAAGUAGAAUGAAACUAACCCCAAGUCUUUGACUGUCUUUGAAGUUUGUUUCAGCAGAAACUGCUAGCUGUGGUUUCUAGUUUCCGAUGUAUCCUACUAGAUCUCCGUUUUAAUCAACAUGUAGUCAUGUACCAAUAAAUGAAUAAGAGAGGAGCCUAAAUGAA